GACUUUUUCAUCAUCCGAGCUGCAGCAUUUGAGAGCUGACCGUGUCUCUCACGGAGCUACCGGAUCGCUUGUGGCGGUGCACAGUUUGGGAUAUUUCCUUCACUUCAGGCUCAUUCCGGACAGUGACGCGCUGCAGUCCAGAUAAUGGGAGACGCUCAGUCUGCGCAACGGGAGGGCAAAAAGGGUGCAGCUCCUGAUGAGGAGAGCGGAAAAGUGGAUGAUGCUCAGACUGAGCAGAAUGCUGAAGACGAGCCUCUCAAAAAACAUGGGCAGAUCUCUGAGAUCAAUGGAAAAUCAGACGGCUCUGUAGCAGAAGUUAAUGGUCACUGUGAGGAUGAGAUUGCUGCAGAGGCUAUCCCUCCACCAGAUGAAGAUUUUUUAGAAAGAGAAAAGCAAGUCAAAGAUGAAGACACACCAGUAAAUGUUGAAAUUAAUGAAAAGGAGUCACCUAUUGGUGCUAAUGAAGAUGUCCCGAAGGAAAUGAUUGAAAUAGAUGCAAAGCAGAAUGACAUAAAUGAAAGUUUUAGGAGAUUUUUCAGUAACAUUGGUUUGAAACUGACAGUAAAGAGGGGCUCAGGAGAAAUAGCAACAGAUGUGCCGGAUGAGACCAACAAGGAAGAACCAAACAGACCAGAAGACGUCGAGAAUAUUUCAAAGGAAACCACAAAUGUAACAUCCGAAGAUGUUCUAGAAACUGCAGAGGAGAAAACAAAGGAAACUAAAGAGGAAGUUGAAUCAGAUAAUGUAGAUAAAGCAAUGACUUCACCUGUAGGAGAAGAUGCACACCAGGAUGCCACACCUCAAGAAGCGCCACAUUCCACAUCUCCAUCUAGUCCUGAAGAAGAAGUGGUUAUGUCUCCACUAAAAAGAUUUUUUACAACUGGAAUCUUUUCUGGACUACAGAAAAAAAAGAAGCCUACAGAAGUUGUGACAACUGACAAAGAACUCGCAGACAUGGGGGAAAAGGAGGUCAAAGUGGCGAAAGAACAACCCGAACAAGACCAACAACAGGAUAAGGGGGACAUUAGUCUAGGUGUUGAGGCAGCUACAGUUGAGACGGCGCAAAAAGAAAAUGACCUUGAAGUGGAGAUCAUGCCUGAGGCAUCAGCUGAGACGAUUAAUGCAUCUACUGUAGAUCCAUCAACCAUUAUUGUCACUGAACCUGAAAUUCUGGAUUCUCAAGAGAAGGACAAAGUACAAGCAAGUCCUCUAAAAAGGCUGCUGUCAGGGUCUAGUUUAAAGAAGCUAUCCAAAAGGCAAAGAAGCAGGAGAUCAAGUGAUGCAAAGCUGUCCGACUCUGGUGAACAUGUUUUAGAUCAGUACCUAUCAUCUACUGAGUCACCUGAGAAUCAGAAAGAAGAAACUUGUGCACAAUCCUCUGCAGACGCAGCAGCAGAGGAGGAUGGCGCAUGGGCUUCCUUCAAAAAACUUAUGACUCCGAAAAAGCGCAUGAAGAGAUCCUCCUUGACUAAUGAAGAGACACAAAUCCCAGGUUCAGUAGAUGAACCAAAACCAAGUGAAGGAGGGCAAAUAUCAGAUCACAGCACAGAAGAAGGCAAAAAACGUAAAGACUCAUCGGUUUCAUGGGAAUCUGUUUUGUGUGGAUCCGGAAGGAGAAGAAGCCGAAAAACAUCAGACUCUGAGGAAGAAACACCUCAAACUGAAGCAAACAAGCAGGAUGGCGGAUCUAAAAAUGGAGCAGAGUCGGCCUUAGAAAGUUCUAAUGAGGCCGAUGAUAUUAUAGCUUAUUCUCCUAAACAAGUAGGAAGUCCCUCAGACAGUGAUGGGGGGUCAACAUGGAAAUCACUGAAAAAACUUGUCACCCCGAAAAGGAAAGUCAAGGAUGAAGAUGAAAGCAAAGACCACGACGAAAAAAAUGGAAGUCUGCUGAAAAGCAAGACCAAGUAUCUUCAGAUGAAGCUGAUAAGGAUGUAG